UCCCCGGCCCCCUAGGGGGCGUAUAUCCAGCAGCCCAGAGGGCACAUAUCUAGAAAGUUCCACCUGAGACGCGCCACAACUUCACUGCCAUCGUGUGAGUUGCUUCCAGGCUCCGGGAACAAGUUUCCCAUCAGAGUGUUCUGCUCGCACAAAUAAUCAACUAUGAGAAACAUCUGAAGACAACAGCUUCUCCCUCUCAAGAGACUGAUUCACGACAACCUAAAAGAAGCAAACAGAGAACAAAGAAGGAAAUCAGUUUGCAGCAGGGCAUCGAAAGAAGAUGAAGUGUCCCGGAAAGCCCCGCAACCACUCACCAACUAAGAGAAGGCGGAGUGCCACUGUCACUCACGAUGUCCGUGACAAGAAGAUAGAAAAUCAUCCGACCCCACCUGAUGGCUUCUUGCCAAAAGCCGUGGCACCAGAAGUUAUGCAUAGGGCAGGAGCUGGGGCUUCCCCCAACCAACUGGGGUCUCCCACUGAUGACUUCGCUCAAGGGGGCCUGAUUCCCAAGGCUGGUAGUAAUUCACUUGGAGGAACCAAAACCUGCAGUGCCGCUGACCCGAAAGUUCCAGCAAUGUCCUCACCAGGAGCAGUGCCAAAUACACCACAGAUAAGCCCUGCUAUGGCGAAGAAAAUCAACGAUGAUAUCAAAUAUCAGUUAAUGAAGGAAGUUCGGAAGUUUGGACGCAAGUAUGAGAGGAUUUUCACUUUGCUCGAAGAAGUGCAAGGACCACUUGCAGUCAAGAAACAAUUUGUUGAAUUUACCAUCAAGGAAGCCGCAAGGUUUAAAAGAGGAGUCUUAAUUCAGCAACUUGAGAAGGUACUAGAAAAAAUAGAAUCCUGCCGUCUCAAGAAAGUUAAUCACCAGAAAAGCAAAUAAUUGUGUUCUCGCAAAGACCAGUGAGAAGCAAGGAUGAAUUUUCUAUGCUGUACGAUGGAAU